AGUCAUUCAGACUAGACACAUUUGUUCCUUUACUAGUGUUACUAUCGUGAGUUUGUUAUCGAGUGUAAUCUUAUGUGAAAUAUUUGCUAUUAUUGUAGACAAGUCUUAUUAUAGACAGAUUCAUAUUCUAUAGGAACUUGUUGAUUUCAUUGUUCUUAUUGGAAUAUUACACUAAUAUGUUAUGAGUUAUUUCUCAAACUGCAAUGCUAAAAUUAACAAUAUGAGAUAGUUAAAAUAAAAACCUGCGAGCGUAGACUGGAAUCUCUACUACAUUUUAUCCAUUCAUCUCAAUGUAAUCUGAGAAAUUUGUCAAAUUUUAAAACAAAACCGAGAACAGCCAUUAUGGAAAAACAGGAGUUGGACAUAAAAAUGCAGCGGCACCUCCGAGCUUUAAGCGCAGGACCAAAGAGGACACCAAAAGUUUAUCCGAAAAACAAACAUGUAAGAGCCACCACAGCUGUAGGUAAGAAACCAGAAGCGGGCACACGAAUAGGGGAACUUUUGAAGAGACCUCAUUUGAGAGUUCCGACACUGCGUGGUCUUGCCUCUGAUGAAUCGCCUGAUUUUCCGGAUGUGGAUUCUAAGAUCAGCAGCCCAAUCACGUUGGUCAAGAGCAUCGAUGGACAUUCUUCAGAGCAACUGACCACUUCUUACCACAGUCCACCUACGGACAAAAAGAUACCAGUGAGAAAAGAAAAGGUUACACUCUACCCAACGCUACACGCUUGGCAGACAGACUUAGCCAACAGCUGGGAUCAAGAAACUCCAGAGGAAGUGGAUCUUUCAGACAAAUCAAACAAUUCACACAUUAUUGAGGAAGAUCCCCUUGGUAAAGAAAAAUAUAAACAAUUUUGCCAACAUUACGACGUCGAACCAAUCUCUUACUUGACCCGCCAUCUUGGAGAUCACGUGGUCCGAAUAAAGCAUAGGUGCAUAGCCACGAACAAAGUUAAACCUCUAGCACUGGCUUUACAGGUGAACACAUUCAUCCAGACGUUGGAUCUAACAGACAAUCACAUAGACAGUAUCGGAGCUCAGCAUUUGGCUCAUAUGUUAAAAGAGAAUCAAACACUUGUCAGCCUAAAUUUGUCCAACAACAACAUUGGAUCCGAAGGUUUGGCAGCCAUUUGUGACAUGCUGGAGUUGAAUACCACUUUAAAAGAUUUAUCGUUAGCAGGCAACCAUUUAGGUGACAAAGAUGGCUACCUUUUCAUAGAUCCUUUGAAGAACAACACGUCGUUGACGGGUUUAAAUCUCAGCCAUAACGAGUUCUCCAUAACUGGAGCCAUUCAUAUCGGCAGAGCUUUGGCUGUGAAUGAAAGUUUGACCGACGUGGACAUAAGCUGGAAUAGUUUACGAAGACAAGGAGCGGUUGCAAUCGCCAACGCUUUGAGAUUGAACAAAACGAUGGAGCUGCUAGAUUUGUCUUGGAACGGAUUUGGAAUUGAAGGAACAACAGCUUUACAGAGAAGUCUAUCAGUCAACAAAACUCUUAAGAUGCUGGAUCUAAGCAACAAUCGCCUUGACCACGACUGUGCAAAAAAACUUUGUUUUGGUCUAAAGAAAAACGUCGCCUUGGAAACUUUGAGUCUCAACAGAAACCCACUGAGUGAAGAAUGUGUCCAGCGUCUACUGAAAGUAAUGGAGAGUCAUGCGUCUUUCAAUUUCCUUUCGAUCGAGGGUCUAGUGGUCUCAAAGAGUACAGUGGAAUUACUCCAGAAACUGCCGGUGUUCAAAGAGAAAGUUGUCUUGCAAGGUGACAUCGGACGCCUCAACAGGGAGAUGGUUCUGGAAAGCCUUAAGAAAUGGUUUUGCCAUUUUAAAGACAAACGUGCCAACAUUUUACAUGACGUCACAAGACUUUACGAUUCUAAAUCAUCGGGAGUUUUAUCAAUUGAAGACUUUAAAAUUUGCCUGCGAACUGCUGGGUGUAGUCUACCAAAGGGGUACCUGGACUUGUUAGUGCAGAGUUUAGACUUUGACCACACACGAACAAUCAACUACAGGGAGAUCUUCACUGGUGAGAAAUUAAAUAAAGGAGAGAAGCCAAAAGUGACAUUUCCUUUACUGAUGAAUACAGAGCUGGAAGACCUUGAUGGAGAUGUUUGAAAAAUGUAUUUGUCAUUAGCAUUUUUGUUAUGAUAUUGGAUUAUUUCUCAAUAAUAUUCUUAGAUAAUGCCAAAUGUUGGACUUGAAAAUUACAUUGACCAAAUCUUGGACACAAAAUAACGUUGACAAAAUGUUAAACUACAAAAUUAUAUGGGCCAAAUUUUGUACUACAAAUUUAAUCACGUUGACCCAAUAUUUGACUGCAAACUUACGUUGACAAAAUGUUGAACUGCAUAUGUACUUUUUGUGACAAU